GGCAAAUGACAGACGGCGGGGUCCUAGUUCGAUGGCAGAUUAAUUGAAAUAGUUUAGAAAAAAUAAAUGACUAGUUAAUGAGCUUAGAUUACAUGUACAUACAGUUGAUGUGAAAAUGUGGUGUUUAUAUAUUAUUUGAACUGUUUUCACACGAAAAUUCGUGUAUAUUGUACUGUAAAGAUGUAUAUUCACUACACGUUAGGAGCCAUUUUUAUUGUAUUUAUUUUGUGCGUUCAUUGUGAUAAUGCUGGUACUAACAACGAAAUCUUGGAAAUAUACGUUCCGUCCGCCCCGCAAAACCUCACUGCAGACAGGGUGACAGCUGACGAGAUACAUUUAUUAUGGGCCCCGCCAGCCACGUACACGACAAUUCAACUACGAAAAACAAUAGAUACGAAUAUUGAAAAGGAUACAAUAAAAUUAGAACCGGACCUAACGGUUGCUAAGAAAGAAACGCAAGCAGACGAACCGAUCACUGACGGUAUUACAGAUGAUCGUCUAAUAAUAGAUGCACCAGUGAAACAAGAUAGAUUAAAAGACGUAGAGUACUCGUAUAAUUUGUACAAGAAUGACAAACAGAAAUAUAACGACGAAUUUUCAGAUUCCUAUAUAUUGACCGAUGAUUCCUAUAGAACGAAAAGAGAUACGAGGUCUCGGCGGCACAGGAAGCGAAGGCAGGAUAAUGUGACCGAGGGUAAGAUUAGUUUAGAGAGAGAUAUCGAUGGAACGGAGACGCAUCGUGUAUUCGAAUUCCCAAUAAGAGUAGACAAGAAGUCUGUACCCGUCGUACCAAAGAAAGUAGCACAGAUAGCAUAUGUAUUGUAUUACGAAGAAGGUUUUCCAAUAAAGAAAGCGUCCAGUGAUCUGUCGAAGAUGACUGAGAUACCAACGUCGGAUGAUAUAAAGAAGAGAAACGUGUUCAAGAGCGAUUGGGGCAUGCAGGAUAACAUGAACGCGACUAAAAAUUUGACACUGUUAAACACCUCCGGUGUGCAACAGAUUAAAGUUGUCGGUUUUAGAUUGCGAAGUUUAAAACCGUUCACCCCCUAUAAGAUAUGGGUGCGUUCAUUCUACAACUUCCCGUUGGACGGUGUGAUGUCAUCCGAUCUGAUAGAACGUCUCGGUCCCCAAUCCGAGUCUCUCUACGUGUUGACUGACGUCAGACCGCCUUCUCCACCCAUUAUACUUAACCUGACGUGUGAUCAACCAAAUGGAAUCCUAUACCUCCAGUGGCGCCAACCACUCGAAUAUAACAACUCGCUCGACCAAUACGUUGUGACCUUGAGGAAAAUACCAGAACAGCAGCCAAGGACUCGACUCACAUUGCCGACGGUCAAAGAUGAUAUCGAAACCACAAUCAGUGUUAAAGUCGAGUUAUGGAAUGUAACGAGUUACGAAGUGAAGAUAUACGCCGUCACAUUGUCCGUGACGCGACCGAAUACGCUUAUAAAUGGUUCCGAGUCUCCACCGAAGGAAGUGUCAAGCGAACUAUGUGCGGCGCAUUCUGAAGCGAUGUCACCAGCGGACGUGUCUCAAGUGAAGCGAGCUGGCAACUCUCUCGUAGCGCUGCUUGCAGCCGCUUUACUAACUACGCUGGCUGCUGUCAGCGCUGCUUUGGUUUAUUGGAGAUGUCGAUCACGAGUCAGUAAAUGCAUUAGUGCGGCGUACAAUUACCUGGAAGAAGGAGGUGAGAGGGCCGCCAGAGCACCUCUCAAUACGUACAAGAAACCUGUAGUGAACUGUUCGCCGCUCGUGACGUGCGCGGGCGGCGCGGGGGGAGCGGGUGGUGCGGGCGCGGUGGAGGGAGGUGCGGCGAGACCUCCGCGUAUGGCCGGCGGAGCACAUCCGCUGGUACGCGCGCGACACUUUCCCGCGCACGUCGCGUCGCUGCAUGCAGACGGAGAUAUCGGAUUCAGCAAGGAAUAUGAAAUCGUAGUAGCGAAGUCGGCCGCACUGGGACACACCAGCCAUCAUAGUUACCGACCGGAGAACAGGCUUAAGAAUCGAUAUUUGAAUAUCACCGCAUACGACCACUCGCGCGUGUGCGUGUCGGCGGGCGCGCGCUGCGGCGCGGCGGGCUGCGUGGGCGCGGGGCGCGGCGCCGCCUGCGACUACGUCAACGCCAACUUCAUCGACGGCAUGCUGCCCGCGCUGUCGCCGCACGCCGCGCGCCGCAUCGAGCGCCGCCUCGAGCGCCGCGCCAAGCCCGCCAGACAACCCUCAGUAAAAGUAACAAAACCACCGCCAAAUCUUGCCGAGGGCAUCGAAUCGGCUUUCCUGAACAUCGAGUUCUCCGGCAUCGUAGAGUCGGAAGAUCAGGCCGAUGACUCCGAUAGCGAACGCAGCGAUGACGACUCGGAGCUAGACGAUGUAUAUGUGGACAUAAAUGGUGUCCCUCGGCAAAUCAAACUGGAAUGGGCAGUGUGGCGUCGCAGAUACAUCGCUACGCAGGGACCGACCCCAGCCACCUUGGACGCCUUCUGGCGGAUGAUCUGGCAGCAUCGUGUACACACACUCGUUAUGAUCACGAACCUCGUCGAGAGGGGACGGCGGAAAUGUGACAUGUACUGGCCUGCAGGCGGGCGAGGAAGUUCCGCCGAAUUCGGCGGAAUACAUGUGACACUUUUGUACGAGGAUGUGCGGGCAGCGUACACCGUACGACAUCUACGCGUACGCAGUGCAGCGCAAUCGGGGAGCGAGUUGAGCAGCGAGUCGAGCGCGGCGAGCGGCGAGGGCCGGCACGUGGUGCAGUACCACUACACGGUGUGGCCCGACCACGGCACGCCGCGCCACCCGCUGGCCGUGCUGCCCUUCGUGCGCGCCGCCGCCGACCCGGGCACCGUGCUCGUGCACUGCAGUGCUGGCGUGGGGCGAACGGGUACAUAUAUAGUUAUAGACGCACAAUUGAACCAAUUAAAAUUGACAGGCACACUGUCCCCUCUCGGCUUCCUGUGCCGAGCGCGCACACAGAGGAAUCACCUUGUACAGACAGAGGAGCAAUACGUCUUCGUACACGAUGCCCUCCUGGAAUAUGUACGGUCUGGCAAUACGGAAGUUGAAUUCGCUAAAGCUAGAGAAUAUCUAGUGAAACUUUUGGAGCCUAUCUCGGAGGAGGAACUCGCGGUAAUGGAUCUUAACCCACCGAAACAAAAGAGCUUGAGCGACCUGAGGAACGGCUUCGAUAAUGACGUCACGAGCGUUAGAUCGAAUGACUGCAGCGAAAAUCAAAUAGUUGAAAAUGGAAGUCAACUCUCUAUAAAAACUGAUGAGUUGAGUAGUGAGUUGAAUCAGGAAAAAGACGGGUUGGUUAACGGGGAGGAAAUGGAAGGCGUGUACGAUCUGGCGCCUCGUACGACUGACACGUACAAUAAGAAAAUGCAAGCAUACAAUAAUAUGAACGAACAGGAAAAAGAGGAAAUGCGCAGGGUAAAUAGAGCUGAGAACUACGCGUUGUUGGAACGAAUGCGGUCAUUAUCUAACAGGCAUCAGGUAUACCAAGGCCCGCCUCCCGUUAACUUGUUAGAGAAACAAUUCCAGUUGAUAACGAGAUCAUGUGUGGAGUCUAGUGUGUGCGCACGCGCAGCUCACAACGCUGAGAAGAAUCGUCCCGGUGGUAUCUUGCCGUCAGACUCAGCCAGAGUCAUGCUGGUUCCUAAGCCUGGAGUCGAAGGCAGUGAGUACGUGAACGCGAGCUGGGUGUGCGGGCGGCGGCGCAUGCGCGAGUACGCGGUGGCGCAGCACCCCGCGCGCGCGCCCGAGCUGUGGCGCCUGCUGUGGGACCACACGGCGCAGCUCGUGCUGCUGCUGGCCGACGAGCCGCCCGACCCCGAAUGCGACGUGUUCUGGCCAACAGAAGAUGAAAAGGAAUUAUUUGUUGCGAACUUUAGAGCGAGUUUUGUUUCGAAAGACACAUAUGUAGCCUAUAGAAGAUCGGAAAGAAAAGUUCAAAACCAUUCACCACCAACGCCAGAGACGAACGGCUACAGGAGGCAGGAGGGCAGUGAGUGCGCAGACGACGAAUGUCUUAUACCAGAAAAUUGUUCUCCAAUCAACGAAUCGGAACCAGCGUACCGCUUCGAUAGAACGGAAUUGAGAUUAGAACGUCUCAGUGGAAGCAGAGAUCUAUCAGCUCGGAAAUCGAUAGCGAAUGGAGAUUUAUUCUCAUCUUUGUCUGAAAAGAAGAAUGGACCAAAAUCUCCAAGAAGUCCAUCCAAAAUGUCAUUGAAAAACUUCAAACUCAGUUCGCCAACCAAAUUCAAAUUUCCUGAAUGGGGAUCAAGGACCGCCGGUUCUCCCCCAGACACGGCACCACCCCCACCUCCCAUCGCGCCAUCCUUAUCCGUCGAAGAGGAAGCGGAGUUAAGGAGACCAGUGUAUAUGUUUGAAAAAGUUAAAAGUGUUCCGAAAGUCCCCUCCGAUAGAAUUAUAGAAGUUACCAAUGUCAGUGUUCAUUCGUUACAGGACGAUUAUCAACUAAGUGUUAAGUUUAUUAAGUGCAGUGGCUGGUUACACGGUGAUACGACUGAGUACUGUGCGGGCAGGCCCGAUGACAAUGAAUAUGUUAGAGCAGUGCGGCAAGCUAGCUGUGAGAGUGAGAGGGAAGGGGCCUUGGAUAGGCUCAUAGCACCCUAUAGGGACUCGUUUGCGUUAAUAGAAUUUGUAGCCGGCUGUCAGAUGGAAUACAAGAAUGGUCCAGUCGUAGUCAUUGACAAGUACGGCGGAUGGCGAGCGCUGACGUUCUGCUCGCUGAGCGCGGCGUGCGGCGGCGUGCGCAACCCGCGCGUGAGCGAGCCGGGCGCCGAGUGCGCGCCGCGCGUGUGCGCCGCCGACCUGUACUGCAGCAGCGCGCUCAACGCGCACGCGCGCGCUGCGCCGCCCGCGCCCCCCGCGCCCGCAGCAACCGCCGCCCCCGCCGCCCCCGCCGCCCCCGCCGCCGCCGCGCACGCGCCGCACGCGCUGCUGGCCGCCUACUGCGCGCUGGCGUCCUACGCGCACGCUCUGCCCGCCCCGCAAGCGCCCGCGCCGCCCGCCAGCUGAACCGGACGCCGCCGACACCAAGCGGACUCGUAUAAAAGAAUGCAUAAUUGUUAAUUGUUACGAACAUAAUACUCAGUGCGUUGUGCGGUAACUAUGAAGAGACCCUUUAACUUUGGUGCAUAUUUCCUAUUAGCUAACCAACUUUGAUACAGUUUCGACAGAAACCGCCAUAUUCUGUAAUAGCUUUAACUAAUACACAAUUUUGAUAAUGUUGGUACGAAAAUUUGCAGUGGCCAAUAUAUCAGACCAAUAUCAACCGUUUUGUCCAAUGUUGGUGUAAAGUUUGUCUCAAUGUAACCGAGACGAACUCAAUUUUUGGACGUAUAGCUGCCUUUUUCUACACAAUAAUGUAAGAAGGAGAUGUAAACAUUGAUUAGACGGAUUUUUCUAGGAUACAAGUGAGAUAAAUGCAUCCGUAUCAGCUUGUUUCCGAAAUUAUUUGGGGGAAUAGAAAGUUGGCUGUAGAUAUAUUGUAAUAAUUUGGUGACUCGAUGUAUAAUGUAGACGUAAAAUGGUAUUACAUAAUUUGUAAGAAACAUGUAUUCAAAAUUGUUAUUAUAAUAUAAUGGUCUUGGUAAUUUUGGAAAUAUAAUUAAAAAGUGAGUGUAGGCAAAGGGCAUUGCCAAUGUUACGCGUGAUUUAGCGGCUCAGUCGAAGGUUCGACUAUUCAAGUAUAGGUGCUUAGUUUAAGAAUACUUGAAACUUGGUACUUUAUCGUAAUAUACACAAUAUGGUACCAUUAUUUCCAUCAUAUGCUUAAAGAGGAUGUAAAAAUUGUGACAGUUUUGACAGUGGAUAAGUCGUAAUGCCUUGAAAUAGGUGCUAGUAUCGUUUGACAAAACUUAAUCAUUGGCUACGUAACUUUCUCCCGGUACAUACAUAGAAUUCUCUAUACAUAAAUUAAUCCUGUGGUCAUAGACUUAGUGUCAUAGUCUGAAUUUUUAUUUAAGCAAUUUCUUUAAAGCAUUGACGAUCGACGCUAAUUUAUUUUUCCUUAAGUUAAUACUAAUUACGUUAUAUAUCAAAUUAUAUGAUAAUUUCAUACUUUUUCUCUUCUUUUUUUUGUCAGAUAUUAAAAUUAUCUUUAUUUGCCGUCGUCUUGUCUUCCUUGUAUAAAAGGGUCUAUAAUUAAAUUGUCAUUGUCUUUAAUAGUGCCGACUUUAUCUGAGUCUUCCGGUUAUAGAUUUUUUUUUUAAAUCUAUUCGCACUCGCUGGACUUUGGAGCGACAUUGUGAGCGGUCAUCGAUGAGUUGUAACGAUUUGAUUUCAAAGUAGUUGGAGAACAGUUGUACCGAUACUAUAUUGUUAGAUAUGUAUUUGCCAAUGCAAUAUCAAACGUUGGGCCAACGUUGGCAUGCCUCUUAUGCCUAUAUACUCACCGGUUAUGCGAACAAAACAUAGAGCUAUUCUCUAUAUCGGCUGAUGAAUAUUCAAAAAAAUGCUACAUUCUAUUGAGUAAUCGAUGAAAUUCAUUGAAAUUUAAAAGGACGUUGUAUAGAGUCAGGUUAUAUUGAAUGUAUGUCUUUGUCUCUUAUGAAGUAAUACGUGGUUGUGUGCGUUAUUAAAUAGGGCAUGAACUGAUUCAAUGGUAUGUUCUAAGGUUGCAAAUUUUUAAAUUCGUCGGUUUUAAAAUAUGGCUACUCGAUUUCAAGGCUUAAUAUGAGCCAGGCAAUAUGAGUUUUUGAAUCAAAUUAAUGGACAAGGAAAUAUACUACUUUUAAACUUAUAUUUCAAUACUUGUGUCUAAAAUAUUACUGAUAUGUCAUGAUUUAUUAUUUAAAAAUAUAUAUUUGCAUAAUACUUAAAGGUUUUGAAUUUCCAUUAAAAGAGGAUCUAUGUUUCUUUUAAAUAUUUCACAAUAAUUACAAAAUUAUUAUUAUUGUAAAAUUAGAUCAACUUUGACAGCCAUCUCGUGGCGUGGUGAUUAGUUGGACGUUUAACGUUGUUGUGCUGUCUGUCACAACAGACUUAAUACUAUUUUUGUCCAUAAAAAAUACUGAAAUAUUUUAUGUUAAUCGGUUAAACUGUGUCGCAGUCUAUCAAUCUCAAUCAGAAGUCCAAUAUUAUAUAUUUUAUCCCUCGAAGUACAUUAAAUAUAUAAGUCAAAUAUUUUUACAUAAUAAUAAUAUGCAACCUUACCGAAUCAGAUGAAUGUCUAGGGCGUCCGCUAAAACGUGCGCGGGUGCACGCUCGCAUGAGAAACGGACGUUCUUCGUGCGCAUGCGCGAGCAUUAGCGGUCCGCUUACAGUGCCGUCAUCUUGCUGGAUUUUAUACGCCAUCAAAAAGUUCAAUUAUACUGAACCAAUAAAUAUCGUAUGAAUUAUACGACAUCGGUUAUCUUAUACCUAAUUAUAUAAUGUAUCUAUGGUUAGUAAGUGGAAAAUGUUCAUAUUCAA